AUGGCGGAGGAAGAAAGGCUCGCUUCAGGAGGCAGAAGCCAGCAACGCGAUGAUGUUCAGAUUAGUUGUGGGUGGAAAGUCAGCGCCAGCUCCAGGGUGGGGUAUCCGGCGAUGCGGCUAGAAGGCGGGCAUCUGGAGGAACAGGUGACGGAGCUCGGGCAGCGGGGCGGGGUGGAUGGGUCGCAGCUGCGGGGCUCAAGGCACCAGCGACUGGGGUGGUUGGUGGAGGUGCGGAACUCAAAGGUGUCGUACGUUCGGUGUAUGAUCGGUCGAAACGAGAAGAAGUUCGACUACAUCGAUCAACCGCGUUGUCAAACGCUUCUGCUUUCGGUCUACGAGGAUUUGGCUAUGGUGGAAGAGUUAUUUGAGUGGAAAGCAACUUGGGGAAGGCUAGAAAUCAAGGUUCAAAUGGUAGGAAUGGUAUCUCUUGAUCUCAACACAUGA